GGGGUCCAACUCGGGCUCUGUUUGCAGGUGGAGAGCUCUUCAUGCAGCUGGAGCGGGAGGGAAUCUUCCUGGAGGACACGGCCUGUUUCUACCUGAGUGAGAUCACGCUGGCUCUGGGUCACCUGCACUCCCACGGGAUCAUCUACCGGGAUCUCAAGCCGGAGAACAUCAUGCUCAACAGCCAAGGACACAUCAAACUUACGGAUUUUGGGCUGUGCAAGGAGUCGAUCCACGACGGAGCCGUCACCCACACCUUCUGCGGCACCAUCGAGUACAUGGCCCCCGAGAUCCUGGUGAGGAGCGGGCACAACCGGGCGGUGGACUGGUGGAGCCUGGGAGCCCUGAUGUACGACAUGCUCACCGGAUCGCCCCCGUUCACCGCCGAGAACCGCAAGAAGACCAUCGACAAGAUCCUCAAGGGCAAACUGGUGCUGCCGCCCUACCUGACCCCCGACGCCCGCGACCUCCUCAAGAAGUUCCUCAAGCGAAACCCCAGCCAGCGGGUGGGGGGUGGCCCGGGGGAUGCGGCCGACGUGCAGAAGCAACCCUUCUUCCGCCACAUCAACUGGGAGGACCUGCUGGCGCGCAGGCUGGACCCCCCCUUCAAACCCUGCCUGCAGUCAGAGGAGGAUGUGAGCCAGUUCGACACCCGCUUCACCCGCCAGACCCCCGUCGACAGCCCCGACGACGCUGCCAUCAGUGAAAGUGCCAACCAGGCCUUCCUGGGUUUCACCUACGUGGCCCCGUCAGUGCUGGAGAGCAUCAAGGAGGGGUUCUCCUUCCAGCCCAAGGUGCGCUCGCCCCGACGCCUCAACAGCAGCCCCCGCACCCCCGUCAGCCCUGUGAAAUUCUCCCCGUUCGAGGCAUUCAAGCCGGUGGCCUCGGGGGACCCCAUGGAGCUGGGACCCCCCCAGACCCCCCCGCCCGAGGGCACGGCCCCCCUGCCCAUCAAGCCCUCCGGGGGGGCCAAGAAGCAGAAGGGGGGCCGGGGCCGGGUGCCCAGGUAGGGGUGGGGGGGGGGGGGGGGGGGAGGGGGGGGCCCGGUGCCCCCCACGGGGUGGGGGGGACCCCACGGUGCUGCUGUUGCUCCGGGGGGUUCACCCCCCCCAUCCAGCACAGCCCCCUGCCUGCCGGGCUGGGGGGUACAUGGGGCCCGCCCAGGGGUGUGGCCCUUGGGGCGUGGCCUUUUGGGGUGUGGCCCUUGGGGGCGUGGCCCCGCUGCUGGAUCUGUGCCAAUUAAAGGACUUGCUGAGGC